GGAAGUAUCUCAGCCGCUCUUAUCUUGGUUGAUGUGAAUGAUGUGAGUUAUUGCUUUUUGAUUAAUUGUUUUCCAUUGCCUGAAAGAAACUACUGUAAAACCGAUUUACGGAAUAUAUAUGCGACUCUAAAGCAUCUCCUUUUUUCUUGUGCAAGUCCUAAUUCAAGAUAUGUCUUGCAAGGAGAAGAGAAAAUCACCGAUUUCAUCCAGAAUAGGCGAGCUCGAGCUCUUUUUGGAGACGACGGCCAUCAGGGAGACAACACCAAAUCCAUGGAGCGAAAGGGAAACCAGCAAAAUAAAGGGAAUGACAGUAAUUCCAAGGUGGAGGCGGCGGCCGACGGCAGCUACUGUUGGUUGAAUAUUUCAACAAGACCCACUACCCCUAGAGAUUUUUCAACUUUUGGAUUCAAAAUUCUAUUGACAGUAAAUCUUCCUGUUUCAUAUUAUUGACUAUAACAUUAUUCAUUUAUCUUAAAAAUAAUCAAGGCUGCUAUGUUUUUUGAUAAACAACACGGACAUAUGUCUCGCAACUUCUUGAUAGAAGUUCAGAUUUCUCAGAGAGAUUUUGCAGCGGUGGCAUGGCAAUCUUAGUUAUUAAUAAUACCAAUCAAGUUGUUUUUCUUCAUGACAAGUCCCAAUGGUAAAUUGGUAAUGAGAAUUAUUUUAUGUGUAGGUUGAACCCACAUGGAAAGAGUUGAAAGAUGUUGUAGAUAUUGAUAUAAGAGGGAGUUUCACAGCUCCUUUAUUUGUGCACACUCCUCUUCAAAUGGACAUGGUUUUCAGUUUACACAUUUAUACCUGUUGAGGUUUAUUCCUUCAACCCGUAGGCUCAACACACGAUCCAAGGGUUUCGAAUGGAAGAAGUAAAGAAGUAGAUGUAGAAACAAGUAAGAUGGGGCCCAAUAAGAAGUCUUGGUUUAAUUCCACUGUUAAGGCGUGAGUCCGUUCGUACUUACAAGGCAUGAGGCCGUUCGUACAGAUGUUGUGCUACGAGAUUAUAAGAAUGCUAUAAAAUGAGAGUGCUAAGCUGCCCCCCCCCCCCCCCCCCCCCCCGAAGAACCUGCGUCCGGUGUUUCCCUCCAUAUCCUGGGACCGUGUGUCCCUGACGAUCCGUGUAUGGAUCGAGGAGCGAGAGUGCGUGCUCUCGCCUGUACGCUCCCCGAGCGUCUGCAUACUGCGGAGGGGAGAGAGUGGGGUAUGCUCGAUGCUAGCAGAAUACACCCGCUUCGCCUCCCGCUCGUCCGCCAAGCGGUGGAUGGUAUCCGCCAUAUCCCUCAGGGCAUUAGGGAAUCAUGUCAGUAAGCACCCCAAAGUCUCCGCGGCUCCACAAGAUGCUGGACUGGGCGAUUUCUGUCUGCUGGCGUGCUCUUCGGCUGUGUGACAGCCGUUCAGAGAGAUCAUAGGAGUUUCCUUCAUUGUUGAAUUCCAUCUUACUUGUUUUGAGUGUUCAAAAGUUAUUUUCAUCUUAGAGCUUGGCUUUGGAAGAACUUUUUGAUCAGAUUCCCACAGAUAGCGCCAGUGUUGAGAUUUAUUCCUUCAACCCAUAGAUGGAAGGCGUGAGGCCCAAUAAGAAAUCUUCGUUUAAUUCCACUGUUAAGGCGUGAGGCCAUUCAUACUUACAAGGCGUGAGGCUGUUCGUACAGAUGCUGUGUUACGAGAUAAUAAGAAUGCUAUAAAACGAGAGUGCUAAGCUGCCCCCCUUACAAUGAAAUAAAUGCUACUCCCUCAGUCCCAAAUUG